GUAUCGAUAGGGAAAGGAAAAAUUUUUAAAACAGUAAACCAGAUCAUAAUUGCUAAAAUAAAGAUUUCCAUUCCUAGUGUACAGAAAUGAACAUAUAAAACAAGUGUGGGAACCAGUAGGACAUAAUUUUUCUACAACCACAUGGAAGUUAGCAAAAUUUAUUUUUGAUAGGCUGGCGCGAAAGAACUGAAAAUAAACACUCAAUAUGACUGACAUUGCAAAUAAAAGGCAUGAAAUUGCCAAGGAGAUUAGGGCCUUAUUGAUGUCAAGUCCUGCAGCCCUGACAAUUGAUGAACUAAGGAGAGAUUUUCAUCAGUUCAUGGACAAACCUAUUCCCUUUAGGGAACUUGGGUACUCCAAUCUUGAAGACCUGUUAAGAGACAUGACAGAUGUUUUACAGAUUACUUAUAGAAAGGGAAUGAUGUGUCUUGAAGUUAUCCCAGAUGACACAACCCGCCACAUUGCAAAACUUGUGUCUAAACAAAAAAUUCCAAACAAGAACAAAUAUGCCACAAUGAGGAGAGGGCCACCUCCUAGAAGGCAGCAAUAUAAAGUGACGCCUUCUUUGCCUCGUUAUAUAAAAGAUAACAUAUCAGAACUAUUUAGAUCCUAUUCCAAUGGCUUACCGUUAACUCAUUUAGAUACUGCUUAUUCAAAGCGCUUUGGUUCGAUGUUUUCAUUUAAUAGACUUGGCUUUGUGUCUAUUAAAGAGCUUUUAUAUUCUAUUCCUGAAUGUGUUUUACUCAAAGAAUUUCAAGGUGGAGAGUGGAGAGUUUUACCUGUACAUAUGAAAGCACCUGAAGGCAAUUGGAGAACAAGAGGACACAAACCAGAAAAAAGAACUUUAAGUCCACAAAACAGACCCCCAGAUGGAUGGUCUAGGCAGUAUGACCAAAGACAAGCUGCUGCCGUUGUAGAAACACCACAACAAUACAACAGCACCUUGACAAAUAGAGUUGAGUCAGGAAGACCUGAUACCACUGCUCAACAAAAGCCAAUCAGAGGAAGAGGGAGAGGAAUGAAGAGAAGCGCCAGCGGUGGAGAUCAAGCAUCUGUAGGUAGAGAAAGUGAAUCCAGUUAUAAUUCCAAUGAACCAGAAAUAGAUCCAGAAUGUUGUCUUGAAACAGAACCUAAUGAUGGAACACAACUACUCCAGACAGAAUUAAGAGAUUUGCUUGCUGAAAAAACAGAGGGGAUAUGGGCUAGUCAGUUACCAUUCUUAUACAAGAUGAAAUACAGUAAACUCCUCAAUUUUAAAGACCUAGGGUACAUGAGUGUUAUAGAGUUAUGUAAUUCUUUUCCUGACCAGAUUUUGAUAGAAAGACCUGUAUCCAAGGGAGAUUGGUUAUUGUAUGAUGCUAGAGUUCCUAGAAAAUCACCUAAAAAGGAGCGUGAUGAUGCAGAUAAAACCAUAAUAGAGGAGAAGAGGAAGCGUCAUAAUAGUCAGAAAGGUGCUGAUCCAGAGUUAAAAGAAAAAAUAAGACAAGUUGUAAUGUGCCGGAAAGAGGGAAUUCCAUUAAAAGAUUUUUUGGCAUUUUAUCAGAAAUUAAUAGGCGAUAGUUUACCAGUAGAAGAGUUGGGUUUUGGCUCCGUUGAAAGAUUUUUGUUGUCGUUGACUGACACAUUGUUACAGUUUAAGUAUAAAGGAGAUGGAAUCAUUAUGGUGUUACCAUUGGAUACCACUGCUCCACAAAGAACAGAUAAGCUGAAAUACCUACCAGAACCUGAGGAAGUGGUUAAGAGUUCACUACCAGAAGAUGCAAUUUUACCAGGUGCCUGCUACAGACAUUUGGAAUUACCACAAUUAGGAGAAUAUUUUGAAGUCUUUGUCUCAAAUAUUGUUUCUCCUGGUCUAUUCUGGUUCCAAGUUAGAUCCAAGAAGACCACAGUAGCAUUAGAGAAAGUGAUGAACCAGUUGGAAUACUGUUAUAAAACCGCUGAAGGUAAUACAUACAGGAUACCAGAUGAAUUAUUAGUGGUUGGACUGGUUGUAGCCGCUGUAUUCCCUGAGGAUGAUAACUACCAUAGAUGUAUAGUUACCAAGCUGGAGAUAGGACAUCAAGCACAGGUGUAUUUUGUAGAUUAUGGAAACACAUGCAGUGUCCACAGAAAAAAUUUACGCUUACUCAGGUCCAAAUUUUUAAAACUGCCAAUUCAGGCAAUUCAAGGAAGACUGGGAAAUGUACAACCAAAUGGACCAGAGGGCCAGAAGUGGACAAUGAAUGCAAGAAACAAACUACUUUCCAUGUGUAUAAAUAAACCACUGGUGGCAUUAGCAACAAAAGAAAAGGAUAGAGUAAUGUCCCUUGUUCUGGUAGACACUUCAGGAGAAGAGGAUGUCUGUUACAAUGACAAGCUUGUACAAGAAGGAUAUGCUAUAUUUAGACCAGACGAUCAUACCACUAAUCUAACAGGUCCUUCAGAUGCACCAGAGAUACCAGAUUACAGUUAUGUGUAUGGUAUCACAGAUCACCAGUCAAGUUACCCUGACACAAGCUCAGUCACAGCACUAUCUUCACACGAUACAGAUGUCUCUGAAAUCAAACAAAGAUUUGUCAAGGAAAAACAGCUGACAUCAGAGUUUAAGAUUCAUGUAAUUAACUUGGAUGGGGUUGCACGUGUGUUAUCUGAAGAAAUAUCGGCUUUUCUCUUUGACACUGAUGUUCUUACAGGCAUGCUUGAACAGAAGAGGAAGAAGAUAAGUAAAAUUGAAAUAUCUAUGGAAGAACAACCUCAAGUUUUCAUGGAACUUCAAGAAUAUGGAGCCAUCCCUCCCUCAAGAAGAUGUAUAAGCCUGUAUGAAUUGAAUAGUGUUCCUCAGAUUUUACAUGUAUUUAACCUGACAUCAGGAGAGUUAAUCAGCAGUAUUACAGAUGUGAUAGAAAAGUUUGAUCCAGAAGAAGCAUACUGGAAGGGAGAGUCUGGUGAGGAAAUGGAAACAGAAAGUAUAGACGGGGAUUAUGCUGAUAUGGAUCAAGAAAAAAUAACUCUUACCAUUGAUACGCUGCAAUACAAGAGAAAACGAAUUUUGCAGUCUUUGAUGGAUGUAACUAUUAGCCAAAGUGAAGAGGUGGUAAAUGAAUUGAAUAAUAUAGAAACACAAAUAUCUCAACUGAAAACAGCACUAGAGAAAGCCCCUAAAACUACACCACCAGUUGAUCAGUUUGAAGAUGCAGAAUCUCGAACCAAAAAAACAGAACUUCGUUCAUCUACAGGAAAAUCUGAUGCUGCAACAAAGUCUGUGUUGUCAGCAUCAGUGAGCCCUGUCAAGAUGACCAACGUAGUGACACCAAUGAAGAUCACUGCACCGCCAAAUUUGCCAAAACCAACAAAUAGUGGAGCUGCUAAUCUGGCCACCCAGAAUCCAAUGAACACUUUUAACAUGACACCACAACAGCUCUUCUAUCAACAGAUGUUAUUCUCUCAGAUGAACCAACAAGCUAUGAUUAAUCCAUUAAUGUCACAGUUUAUGUUGGGUCAAGUGGGCAGUAUGCCAGGUGCUCAAGGUCAGCCAAAUGACGGACAGCUUUUUGGUUUAAAUUCCAUGUCUCAAAUGGGAAAUCCUAUGCAAGGAAUUCCUCAAAUGGGAAAUCCUAUGCAUUCCAUGUCACAGAUGGGAAAUCCCUUGCAGAACCCUGUGCGACAGAUGGGACAACCUAUGGGAUUACAGAAUAUGUCUGAUGUUAGUCAUAAUCAAGGUGAUGUUGAAGACCUUCCAUUGUUACCAGGGUUACUGCCCUUGUUACAACAUUUAAGCAUUGGACGUGGCAGUGGAGACAGAGGUGGAAACUCUGGAUCACAGUGAUAUGUGCUUGUCGAUUUACAAUACAAUCCAUCACUACAUUACCAAAUUAUUCAAUGCAGUAUUAUUUUAUCAUUUUAUGACUUUGUACAUAUAUCUGCUUUUUAAAUGUUUUGCAGUUUAAAAAUGUUAUUUUGUUACUUUUUUUAUUUUCAUUUUAUUUGUCACUGCUGUCAUGCACAAAAAGGACGGUUUUAAAUUGGGUUUUUAUUACUUAACCUCCAAAAUGUAAAUAUUGUAUAAUGAAACAUCUGUUUGAGAGAUUAACCUUUGUUUAUUUUUAGUGCUAUAAAGAAUUUGCGCCAUUGUAUAUACAAGUAUGCCAUAAUGGUUCCACUCUUACUUAUCUGUGCUUCAUUAUUAUUUUUGUACCUUUUAUUGCUAUUGUUUUAAGCUUGUUUUUUUUUAUUUGAGCACAUUCAUUUGUGUUAUUUUGGUGAUGAACAUUGUCAACUUGACUUUGAUUUGUAUAGUAUUUGUUUGAAGAAGAUACUGUAAAUUCAGAAAUUAUUGCGUGCAUUUAUUAUUGUGACUUUGUCAUUUUAGAUUUGAAUGCGAUUUAAAAUUUUACGAUUUUGAGAAAAAUCCUGUUAAAUUCAUAGAAAAUAUUUCAAAAUGUGAGUUUAAAUUAUUGCGUUUAUAACUCAGUCGCAUUUUUGGCAAUAAUAAAAACCUGGCAUUAAUUUCUGAAUUUACAGUAUUUAAAUCCAAUUGCUGUAUUGUGUUUUAACAGUUGUCUACUGUAGUUCAUGAUGGUGCUAUGUAUAUGUGUGUAAAACAUAAAUUUGUUAUUUCUUAACAAAGAAAUCGUGUGAUUGCUAUAUUCAGUUAUGUAGAUAGUGAAAAGUAGUUGUUAUUGAUGUUAAUGUUGAUAACAGAUUCAAAAGAAUGACAAAUUCAGUAAUUUAUAUCCUUAAACCAGUCCCUAUUAGGUGCAAUGCAAAUGGGGAAGAGAAAUAUAACUAAUAUAUCAUUUAUAACCAUAACCACUUUCAAUGUUAAUAUCAUACACAUUUGUAGUUAAUAUAGCCAAUAUACCUUUGUCUUUCAGUUGAACAAAAUGUGAUUUGGUUAUAAUCAAUCGUCUCUUCCUCAUUUUAAGAGACUUCAUUAGUAUAAUGUCAUAAAGAAUUAGAUGUACUCAUGAUUAUUGCUGUUUGUAUACUGUUCAAUGGUUAAUUUGAUAGUUUACAGGGCCAUGAACCCUUUUUGCAAGGUUUUAUUUUAUGUUUGUUUUUAGUUUUUCCAUUUAACUAUAGUUCCUUAUACAUCUAUAUCUUCAUUGUGAAAUUUAUAGCAGAAAUAGACCACCAAGGCCAUACAGUGACCCAUAGGUGUUAAUUUCUGUUUCAUUUUGGUCUCUUGUGGAGAGUUGUCUCAUUGACAGUCAUACCACAUCUUCUUUUUUUACACUUAAAUAAUUUUCCCUUCAUAUUACACAUAAUUGUAAGGAAAAGCAAUAUUUACAUCCAAAUCAUACCUGUGAGUUCAAAAAGGAUUGGCUGUUAAUGAUCUUUCCAUACAGAAUGUUUUGAUUAUAUGAUGUUUCCAUGUUAAAUUCAAAAUGUCCAAAAUUAUCGUUCAUUUUCAGGAAUUUCAUGUUUUCUGUGUGUCAGAAAAAUUCUUUAAUCUUAAAACACAUUACAUCCUUAUUUUAGAUAUAUCUUCAGUUCAAAAGGAUACAAAAAAUAAUAUUUAUAUUCUUUGUUCUGGAAAACUUUAUUUUACUUUAUCAUUCAGUCUGACAUGCUAGAAAAAAGGCUUGAAAACAGCUUCAAGUUAUUUUUCAUUUCAAAUUGUUAUGUUUCUGGUAAUGUAUAUUGCAAAUAACUUGGUCAAUGAAAGACAAUCCUGUAAAGAAAAUGAGUUUUUUUAAUUUUUCAGUGGUGUUUCUUUUGGUGAGUUGUUAAUUAUAUGUAGAAAGAAUAUGUUCCCAUCUUUAGUACUUUUGGGGUAAACUUUGCUUGACAUGUAAUUAUAACCCUAUUGGCAUUGGCCUGAGGAAAAAAUAUCCAGGCCUUAUUUACUGUUGAGACCCCCCAAAAAACCUUGGUGCAUUGAUACCAUUCUUUAUAUCCUAUCCAUAUCACUGCCAAGUAAUUUAUUAUUGAUGUAUACUGAGAUAUUGAAAUUAUAAAUUCAGGUGUAAUAUAUGAAUAUCUAUACUUGUCAUGAAAACAUUUUAUUGAAAUUUCAUUAUUUGUACAAGGUGUAUGUAUCUGUCUUGUCAUCUAAAAAUGUGUUCUAGGACAAAAUAAUGGCAAUAUUUUAUUUUAAGUUAACAUUGCAAGGUAAAGAGUAUUCUUACCACUCAUGGCGCUUUAUUCAAAUAAUCUCAUCUAUUUUAGACCAUUAGCCAAUUGCAUUUAAUCUCUUUACUCUAUUGAAGUGCAUUUUAACAUUGCAUACUUUUCUAAUCUCAUUUUAACUUCGGAGAAACUAUAUAUUUCCCAUGUUUUUCAGAAAAAAUUUGUAAUGCCAAUAUUGAAAGAUUUGUAUAAUAGGAGAACAACUGAUUAAAGAUUAUUAUGGUGUAGUAUAACUUGGUUGCUUUUUAAAAUAUAACAUACCCAAAAUAUCAGUUAACUAUUUGCUACAUACUAUAUACAGAGAACUCAUAAUAGGACAGUUUUUGAAAAUCAAUCAAAAUUUGGAGUGAAGUUGUAAAUAGGAAAUGUAUAUUUUAUGUUUUUGUGCUACUUUAAUCCUUGAAAUAUUUUGUUAUUAGUGCUGAUAAGUUUUAUAUUUUUAUGCAAAGAAGCAUUUUUACAUAAACCGUUUGUUAUUUUUAGUGAUGUUUUUUGCAAUAAAAUACUUCACAAGUUAUCA